CCAUUUCAACUUCUCAAUAUCGCUUCAGAGUAGGUAGAGUUGGUUCAGUGAUCAGUCGCGAACGCGUGCUCACUACAGCAGAUCGCGUAUCAACGGCGUACUCUGAAUGCGAGAACACGAUAGUUAUUUGUAUCUUACGCCCAAUAUUACGUCUUGUUGAGUUCGGUUAUCAUCCAUCAUUAUUUCAUACGACGUAUUCCGAUUGAUUUUCUUUUGUACGAUGUGCUCUCGGACUGUACUUUUGUGAAGUGAAUGACAGUUAAAUUAAUUAAGAAAUCUCUUCUAAGCGUUCACCACCACCUUACAGCGUCGAAGAUCAGAAUCUGGGAAAUGCCAACGGAGAACGAGAUGAUGUCCCAGUAGAAUCUGUUCAUGAAGUAAUUGAUCUUCUAGCUUCAUGCAAAUUAAACGAUCCUGAUGAAGCCCAGACAGAUGUUGAGUACGCUGAAAUCGACAUGGGUCUGUGGCACUCCACCCCACUAGCACGGAGGCACAAAUCUAAAAUAUCCCUCACGUGGGUCCUCAAAGAAAAUCUUGAAAAAAACAUCGACAAAGAAAAAGUAUUACAAGACAAAAACUUCGAAAGAAAAGUGCGAGACAGAGUUUUAAGCAGAAGCGAAUUUUAUCAAAAUAAUCGUUUUAAGAGUGCAUGUGAUGAGUUUAACGGUGCAGAUUCGUUCUCGGAUACCAGUGACGAAACGGAAUACAUCAGGAAAAAGCACAGACACCGGCACAAGAGGAAAAAGAAACACCCCCGAUUCGGUUAUGAUAUCACAGAUUUAGACAGCUUUCUGAGUGAGGCCACCUUAGAACAGCCAGGCAACAUUCCAGUUGUGAUAGCGUUUCCCACAACCCUGUACCAGACGCAGAAAGAGCUGCAGUGUGAGUUGUCGCUGCCGCUGGGUACCGUCGUGAACGCGGUGUUCAAGAACCAGCAGUGGCUGUACGCGCAGACCCCGCACGGUGACGAGGGCUACGUCCAGUACACGGCAUGUCUUCCGCUGGGAAUAUUGCCCACAAGGUCAUCUCUCCAGAAAAAGAUGCCUUGCUGGGAGAGCAGCACAGAUAUUUACCCACGGCCGUGUGGCAACCUCACGGACACAGAAAAGGAUCUCAGAGACAGAACGCGGUCCGAAUGCACAUAUAAACGAACUAAGAGAUAUAAAACAUCCUGUGCGGAGAAAGAGUUCGAUAACUUAUACUUGAAAACGAAAUCUGUGUCCAAUAUCAGCGCGUAUGAUAAAGAAAAUGCAACCAAUUUUAGUCGGACAAUGAUAAUAGUGAAUAGUGACUACGUUGGGAGUACUUUGAACAAAACACUGACCGUGUUUAAAGGGGACGUUGUGGUGAUGUUAGAAGGAGUGCGAGAAAGUGAUGUAGAUUCAGAAUGGUAUUAUGUUAGGAAAAUUGAUGGCAGUGAAGGUUUUAUCCCGGCGUCAAUCACUGCGCGUGGUUUUAAUUGACGACAAAAUAUAUAGUAUUACGUGAACUGUGAACACAACUGAUGUGAGUUAAUAAUCGUAUUACGUUAACCCAUACGAAGUGAGUUAAUAGUCGUAUUACGUGAACUGUGAACACAACUGGUGUGAGUUAAUAAUCGUAUUACGUUAACCCAUACAAAGUGAGUUAAUAGUCGUAUUACGUGAACUGUGAACACAACUGAUAUGAGUUAAUAAUCGUAUUACGUUAACCCAUACGAAGUGAGUUAAUAGUCGUAUUACGUGAACUGUGAACACAACUGAUGUGAGUUAAUAAUCGUAUUACGUUAACCCAUACGAAGUGAGUUCAUAGUCGUAUUACGUGAACUGUGAACACAACUGAUAUGAGUUAAUAAUCGUAUUACGUUAACCCAUACGAAGUGAGUUAAUAGUCGUAUUACGUGAACUGUGAACACAACUGAUAUGAGUUAAUAAUCGUAUUACGUUAACCCAUACGAAGUGAGUUAAUAGUCGUAUUACGUGAACUGUGAACACAACUGAUGUGAGUUAAUAAUCGUAUUACGUUAACCCAUACGAAGUGAGUUCAUAGUCGUAUUACGUGAACACAAGUGAAUUGAAAUUACACACCUGAAGUGCGAUGAAAGAUUAUUUUAAAGAAAAUGAACAAACGUGAAAGAAACGAUAUUCUGGCUGUAGGUAUCAGUUCAAGUACUACUUUCUUGUUUAGAAAAUUAAGACCUACAAUAUCAUAAGAAUUUAAAACAGCGGUUUCUUCUUGCAACCGUGUUAUUGUUGUUUUUAAAUUAAACAUAUUGUUUAGGCUGAGGAAUCACGUUCUAUACAUUUGUACGAGUAUACGAACGUCAUUGGGAUUAAGACACUAUUAUUGUUACUUAUUUUUGUGUUAGUUAUGUUUAUUGUCAAUGCUCCAAAAUCGAAAUAAACUUACUAAAUAAUUA